ACUUUGAGCCUUAGUGAAGAUAUGCGUAUCUAAGUAUAAGUACCAACUAAAAAGAAAGACUAAAAAAAAAUAUAUAAAUAAAUAAAUAAAUGGUCAGGACUCAAAACCCAUUUUUCCCUAAGUCCCAAAAAAAGGUCAAAUUUGAAAAGAGUGGUACAAAUGUAUUGGACUCUUUUGUAUGUAAUAUUAAAUGGUUAGUGUUGAACCCACUCAAAAAGCCCCACUAAUACGGGCUGCAUCAUAGACUCAUAAUUGAGCUAACCAACGUCAAAAUUGAAAAGAGUGGUACAAAUGUAUUUGGACUCUUUUGUGUGUAAUAUUAAAUAGUUAGUGGUUGAACCCACUCAAAAAGCCCCACUAAUGCGGGCUGCAUCAUAGACUCAAAAAAAAAAAAAAAAAUCACUCUAUUUGAAGCAUGACUUUGCUUAUGUAAAUGCUGCAUCUCAAACAAAAAAAAAAAAACGGUGGAAUAUGUACUUUUACGCAUAUGCUGGCAUCACAUAUAUGAUGUGGGCGCUUCGUUUGCAUCUGGCUUAGCAAGAAAAAUUAGAAAUGUCUUUGAUACAGGAGAGAUGUAGCAGUACAAUUUGGCUAUAACUUCCCGGCCAUUCUUUUACAUCUGCCUGUGUGAUAUAUAUUUAUCAUUUGCCUAUCUUCAAUUUCUCAAAUACCUUUUGAACAUAGGUAGAGUUUGGAAUAUACAGGAGAGUUACAAUUUGGAUCUCUCUUAUAAAAUAAGAGGGAUUAAGCUUAUCAGAGUACAGAAAAAAAACAAAACCCAUCUCUGAUAUUUGAGCAUAUUUGGCAAAAUUUUCUUUUCUUGGCUUAAAUUUUGAAAAAAAAUAGUGGGUUUUGUAGAGUAGUAGUUCGGGUUUCUAAGAAUUUUUUUUCCUUUAAUUUUUGUUUUUUUCUUCUUAGUUGGGUAGUCAUGGAUGGUGGUGAUCUUUAUAGUGCAAGCGCUAGUUUUAGAACCAAUAGCUCUUCAAUUUGGAGCAACAAUGGCAUGGAAAUUUUCUCGCGAUCUUCGAGAGACGAAGACGACGAAGAAGCUCUGAAAUGGGCUUCUCUCGAGAAACUUCCCACUUACAAUCGCUUAAAGAAAGGCUUAUUGUUGGGAUCACAUGGUGGUGCUGCAAGUGAAGUUGAUGUUCACAACCUUGGACUUCAAGAAAGGAAAAAUUUAAUGGAGAGAUUAUUGAAAGUUGUGGAAGAAGAUAAUGAGAAGUUCUUGUUGAAGCUCAAGAACCGAACUGAUAGAGUUGGAAUUAGUCUGCCCACAAUUGAAGUCAGAUUUGAGCAUCUAACUGUUGAUGCAGAAGCUUAUGUAGGAAGCAGAGCUUUGCCAUCUUUCAUCAACUUUCCUGUUAAUAUAGUGGAGGGUUUAUUGAACUGUCUCCAUAUACUUCCAAGUAGAAAGAAGCAUAUGAAUAUUCUUCAUGAUGUUAGUGGAAUCAUCAAGCCUUGCAGAAUGACAUUGCUUUUAGGUCCUCCAAGUUCUGGAAAGACCACUCUGUUGUUAGCUUUAGCCGGAAAGCUUGAUCCUGAUCUAAAGUCUUCUGGGAGGGUGACUUACAAUGGCCAUGACAUGCAUGAGUUUGUGCCCCAGAGAACUGCUGCCUACAUCAGUCAACAUGAUACGCAUAUAGGGGAAAUGACUGUGAGAGAAACCUUGGCAUUCUCUGCGAGGUGCCAGGGUGUUGGAUAUCGUUAUGAAAAGCUAGCAGAGUUGUCAAGAAGGGAGAAAGCCGCGAAUAUCAAGCCUGAUCCUGAUAUUGAUAUCUUCAUGAAGGCAAUAACAACAGAAGGCGAGGAGGAAAGUGUGAUCACUGAUUAUAUUCUAAAGGUUUUAGGACUAGAAGUCUGCGCAGAUACUAUGGUAGGGGAUCAAUUGAUAAGGGGUAUUUCUGGAGGACAGAGGAAGCGUGUUACAACAGGAGAGAUGUUGGUUGGUCCAGCAAAGGCACUCUUCAUGGAUGAGAUUUCUACUGGUUUGGAUAGUUCGACAACAUUUCAGAUUGUGAAAUCGCUAAGACAAUAUGUCCACAUUCUUAAGGGAACUGCUCUCAUUUCUCUCCUGCAACCAGCACCCGAGACUUAUGAGCUAUUUGAUGACAUUAUUCUCCUAUCGGAUGGCCAAAUUGUCUAUCAGGGUCCCCGUGAACAAGUGCUUGACUUUUUUGAAUUCAUGGGUUUCAAAUGCCCUGCGAGGAAAGGAGUGGCUGACUUCUUGCAAGAAGUGACAUCAAAGAAAGAUCAGAAGCAGUAUUGGGCAAGUAAAGAUGAGCCUUACAGUUUUAUUACUGUUCACGAUUUUGCUGAGGCGUUCCAGUCAUUCCAUGUUGGACAAAAACUAGGAGACGAGCUUUCAACCCCAUUUGACAAGACCAAAAGUCACCCAGCUGCUUUGUCAACCAGAAAGUAUGGUGUUAGCAAGAGAGAGCUCUUGAAAGCGUGCACCUCUAGAGAAUUUUUGCUGAUGAAGAGAAAUUCAUUUGUCUACAUCUUCAAGCUCGCACAACUUACUGUAAUGGCAUUGAUUACAAUGACCCUCUUCCUAAGAACUGAGAUGCACCGAAAUUCAGAAAGUGAUGGAAGGAAAUAUACUGGUGCUUUGUUUUUCAGUCUGAUUAUUAACAUGUUUAAUGGAUUACCCGAGAUUUCCUUGACAAUUGCAAAGCUUCCAGUCUUUUACAAGCAAAGAGACUUUUUGUUUUAUCCCCCAUGGGCAUAUGCACUUCCCAGAUGGAUCCUGAGGAUCCCCAUUACAUUAUUAGAGGUUGCCAUUUGGGUAUCCCUCACUUACUAUGUUAUUGGAUUCGAUCCAAGUGUUGGAAGAUUUUUUAGACAGUACUUGCUCAUCUUACUUGUGAACCAGAUGGCUUCUGCAUUGUUCCGAUUUAUGGGGGCAAUGGGCAGGAACAUGAUUAUUGCAAAUACAUUCGGAUCAUUUGCAUUGCUCACACUUUUCGCAUUGGGUGGCUUUAUCCUAUCACGAGAGGAUAUAAAGAAAUGGUGGAUUUGGGGUUACUGGAUGUCACCAUUGAUGUAUGGGCAGAAUGCAAUUGCGGUAAAUGAAUUCCUUGGGAAUAGUUGGAAUCAUGUUCCCCUGAAUGCAACGGAGCCACUAGGAGUCACAGUUUUGAAGUCUCGAGGGUUCUUCACGGAUGCAUACUGGUAUUGGCUAGGAGUUGGGGCCUUGUUCGGAUUUAUGCUGUUAUUCAACUUCUGUUUCAGUCUGGCUCUCACUUACCUAAACCCUCUUGGGAAGCCUCAAGCUGUUAUACCGGAAGAAAGACACAGCAAUGCAAACAAUGACCAUUCCAUCCAGUUAUCAUCCCGAGGAAACAGCUCUCUUGGCGGAAAUGCACCCAAAGAGGGAGGAGAUCAAAUUAGGAGGAGAAGUAUCACAGUGGGAUCCUCAUCCUUGAGGACAAACGACAUUGUUGAGGCCAAUCAGAAUAGGAAAAGAGGAAUGAUUCUUCCAUUUGAACCGCAUUCUAUCACCUUUGAUGAAAUUAAAUACUCUGUUGACAUGCCACAGGAAAUGAAAGAUCAGGGUGUCCUUGAAGAUAGAUUGGUGCUUCUGAAGGGAGUUAGUGGAGCUUUCAGGCCAGGGGUUCUUACAGCUCUAAUGGGUGUUAGUGGUGCCGGUAAAACAACUCUGAUGGACGUGCUCGCUGGUAGGAAAACUGGUGGAUGUAUUGAGGGUAAGAUUACAAUUUCUGGGUAUCCAAAGAAGCAAGAAACAUUUGCUCGAAUUUCUGGGUACUGUGAGCAAAAUGAUAUCCAUUCCCCUCAUGUUACUGUCUAUGAGUCCUUGCUCUACUCAGCUUGGCUACGAUUACCUCCAGAAGUCAAUUAUGAAACCAGAAAGAUGUUCAUUGAGGAGGUCAUGGAACUUGUGGAGCUGACCCCAUUAAAGGAAGCACUAGUUGGGUUGCCGGGUGUGAAUGGCCUUUCAACUGAGCAGCGAAAGAGACUAACCAUUGCUGUUGAACUGGUGGCAAAUCCCUCCGUAAUUUUUAUGGAUGAACCAACUUCAGGGCUAGAUGCAAGAGCUGCUGCAAUUGUGAUGAGAACGGUUAGGAAUACUGUAGACACAGGAAGAACUGUUGUAUGUACCAUCCAUCAACCAAGCAUUGACAUAUUUGAAGCUUUUGAUGAGCUUUUCCUAAUGAAGCGAGGAGGACAAGAGAUAUAUGUUGGGCCAUUGGGUCGCCAUUCUUGUCAUCUAAUCAAUUAUUUUGAGGGAAUUGAAGGAAUAAGUAAAAUUAAAGAUGGCUACAAUCCAGCAACUUGGAUGUUGGAAGUUACUACUUCAGCGCAGGAAACAGCUUUGGGGGUCGAUUUCACUGAAGUUUAUAGGAGUUCAGAAUUAUAUAGGAGAAACAAAGCUUUAAUCAAAGAAAUGAGCACACCUCGUCCUGGUUCAAAGGACCUUUAUUUCCCUACUCAAUAUCCACAGUCAUUCUUCACCCAAUGCAUGGCUUGCCUAUGGAAGCAACAUUGGUCAUAUUGGCGCAAUCCACCAUAUACUGCAGUGAGAUUUCUUUUCACAACCUUCAUUGCAUUGAUGUUUGGGACAAUGUUCUGGCAUCUUGGUUCCAAAAGGACAAGGCAACAAGAACUUUUUAAUGCUAUGGGUUCUAUGUAUGCUGCUAUUCUCUUCUUAGGGAUCCAAAAUGCCUCAUCGGUGCAGCCAGUGGUGGCUGUUGAACGAACAGUCUUUUACAGAGAAAGAGCUGCUGGAAUGUACUCAGCUUUGCCAUAUGCCUUUGGUCAGGUUGCUAUUGAGCUUCCAUAUAUUUUUGCACAAGCUGCAGUAUAUGGUGUUAUAGUUUAUGCAAUGAUCGGAUUUGAAUGGAGCGUUGCCAAAUUCUUUUGGUACUUGUUCUUCAUGUACUUCACAUUAUUAUACUACACAUUUUAUGGCAUGAUGACUGUGGCUAUGACUCCAAACCAUCAUAUUGCUUCUAUUGUUGCUUCUGCAUUUUAUGGAUUAUGGAACAUAUUUUCAGGAUUUAUAGUCCCGCGAAGUAAGAUGCCGGUAUGGUGGAGAUGGUAUAACUGGGCUUGCCCAUUUGCUUGGACUUUGUAUGGACUGGUUACUUCACAGUUUGGAGAUGUUAGGGACAUGCUUGACACAGAUGAAACGGUUGAAGAUUUCUUGAGGAGAUACUUCGAUUUCAAACAUGAAUUGUUGGGAGUGGCAGCAGCUGUUGUAGUUGGUUUUACAGUUCUUUUUGCAUUCAUCUUUGCCUUUUCCAUAAAGAAAUUCAAUUUCCAGAAGCGAUAAGGAGUCAUUCCAGUCCAGAUCAUCCAAUACUCACAUUAGUAUUUGGUUACAAAGAGAGGCUAAUAUGUAGCAAUCUCAACUCUCAAGAAGAUGGUUUUAGUUUCAACGGUGUAGGUAGUACUUAAAUAGCAAGUCUAACAAAGAUGCCUUGGAAUUAAUGCGAAAAAGGAAAUGUCUCAAGGAAGCUCUUUGCUACUAUCAUGAGAGCAAUGUUACACCAAGUCAAAUCUUAUUGAUGGAGUGCGUUUCUUUAUAAAGUUGUGGCGCAUUCGGGGAGUGAUUGGUUUCUGAGAUUUUAAAUCUAGUUGAGAAGACACUAAAGAGUGUGUAUAGAGUUAUUGGGUGUAUUUGGGUUUUGGGUGUGGGAUAUUACUUGUACAGAUCUGCCUUCUGGGGUAUCUCCACAAAGAUUAAGGAUUUCCCCUUAAGCUUUCUCCCUUUCGUUUUCUUGUUGAAGAUGCCCCCCUUGUUUAUUCCUUGUAUAUUCUAUUGACUUCAGAGUGAAAUAUUUUGCUGUGUCUUCGUUGCAGGCCAAAGGUCGAACCACAUAAAUGCUUGUCUCCUAUUUUUUGUGAGUGCCUUUUUGUUAUGUCUUUUAC